CCAGUCAGUCAGUCAGUCAGCCAGUCAGUUGUAGUAGAACUUUAGCUUCGUUAGGACGUCGUCAUCGCGUUCGUUCGUCGUAUCGCCGGUUUACUCUCCUAGAAGGUUGGUGGUUCAAACGUUGGACAUUGGAACCCCACCUCCCGCUACCGUGGAUGUUGUUGCGUUUCGCCGCGAUAGACUCUACCCCGUCGUCUUCUUCGUGAGAUUUCGGUUCCGAAAGACGUUCCGAAACAUCCGGAGAAUUCGGUUCGAGAAGAUUUUUGGCUAUAUGUUCCGGUGAAUGGUUGUUAGUCGAGCGUGUUCCGUGUUGGACUUCUCAAUAAGACAAAGCUGCUACACGACUUCCUGUUGGGGGCAGUGAACUGGUUCCGUUGUUCUGGUUGUUUAUUGUUCUCGCGUGUCCGAGCCUCUGUUUUGUGCAGCGUAUUUGGCAAUUAGUGUAACUUUAAAGUUAUUGGUGUAUCGUGUGCGUGACGUAAGCGCCCCCUUCGUGGAUCCCUGGGUGGUCUAGUUUAUGUGGCAACGGGAGGCCAAUCCCCCAGAGGGCACAUCCUUCUGCAGGGGUCCGAGUGUAACCGAAAAGGAAAAGUCCCAAAAUAGUUGUGCUAAAUCAUCUCGCCACACCACAGGACAAGGGGCGUUUUUUUCGGGUGUCUUCAGCUUAGCCAACCUUUCUGUGAUCUGAGUGAGGCGGCUUUUGCGGAAAUUACUACAAAUGACUCCGCAACUGGCAAUUAGAACCUACGAGACGAAGACGACUGAAGGCUGUAGGCUGGAAAUCUGCAAAUAAUCUUUCAGGGGAAUCGUCUAUUUUUUGGUCUUCUCACACAGCCCCAUUGCUGUUGCUGUUCCCGAGCCAAGUGGUCAUUCCGGUUCAUAUGUGUGUGUGUGUCCGUGUGUAUGUAAACAUACGCCGCUAUCCAUAAUUAGAAUGUGUGAUGAAGAUCUGUCUUAGAUGAGAUGUAAUUAUCUGUCCGGUAGCUUUUUCGUAUGGAAAUUCGAUGGGAUGAGUGCCUCAAGUUGUGUCGUGUUCAUCGGUUCGUACCAUUUGGAAAAUCUUGAAGAAGAAAAAUCAAAUCAGUCACAGGUGAAAAAAUGAAUUAACAACGUUAAGCCGUAGAUGAAGAUCAAAAUUAGAAUAGUGUAGAUUUUGUUUUAUGCCGAAAUAAAAAAAAAAUCAUCAUUAAUGCAAAAAGAGCUCGCAUCAUCGCAUAUCUUCGUAGUGUUAUAUUCCUAUCAAAAGUAAAAAUAUGGUGUCUAAAGUAGUGUUAAGGGUCUAAGAAAAUAAAUUUAGAAAAAAAAUCAAAGCAUCGCAUCGUUGUGAAUAUCAAUAUCUGUGCAAAUAUCAAUGUUCGUUGCUUCCAACUGUGUGUUUUGGGCAUUUAAGCUUUGAAUAAAUUUCGCAAAGUCAAUUCCGUGUGCUGUGCUUCUUCAAAUUGCAAAUAUCGUGCUGUCCAGCUAAUCAGAGCAGCCGCAAAUCGAAUCAGUGAAUCGGUGAGAAAGCAUCAUAAAAUGGAUCGAAGCAAAUCCAAGUGAAACCGGAAAGCGGAAAUCCCUGGGCCACCGGAAGCUCCGACAGAUGUCAGCAGCGAUCACGAAGCGACGACGCUCUUCAUCUCUAGCGAUUUUAGCAGCCAUCGUCGAUUCCGACUUCGUCGACAUCUGCUGCAACAAUGAACUGGAUAACGCUUGUGGGGGUGGUUUUUGUCCUCGCGCCGUCCAUUCGGUUGGACUUUGUACCUCCCCUGGCCCAAUCGACUGUGCUGGCUGGCUGCCCGAGGGCCCAGAACCACAAUGGACGCUGGCUGGGAGGAAUUGCAGCUGUGCACGGAUCGCCUAUCAGUUCAGAUCCCAUUCCGGAAUCGCUACGGGCCACCAUCAAUCCGUUCAUCCGCCAUUGGGAACCGGCCAGGUUCGAUCGGGCCCAGCUAGAGAUGGCCCACCGGCACCAUGAGACGCACCGGAGGCGGAGGAGGAGCACCAACUACGACCACGGGGCCGCCAAUUAUGGGCCCGCCAACGUGGUCCGGAUCAACUUUCAUGCUCACGAUCGGGAGUUCCGAUUGUUGCUGCGAGAGGAUCCAUCCUCAAUCUACGCGCGGGAUGUCCAGAUCGAAACCAACGACGGGCCGAAGGAUUUCGAUCUGUCCCGGGUCUACACCGGAUCCAUUGACGGCGACGAACGGUCCCACGUGUACGGUGUCCUGACCCGGGACAAUCUGUUCGACGGUACGAUCGUCACACCGUUGGAGCAGUACUACAUCGAGCCGGCUGCCCGGUACGGACCGGAAAUGGAACGGCACGGUGUCCAUACUGUGAUUUACAAGCUGAGUGACGUCCGGAUCAACCAGGAUCAUCACGGGGCUCACAACCAUCCGGAUCAUGUUGACCAAAGUCACCUAAGCGACAGUAGGGGUGAAAGUAGAACUAGUUCAAGUAUUAGUAGCAGUAGUAUUAGUAGUGUUAGUGAUUCUAUCGCGGGCAGCCGAAUUGGAGAAAGUGCUGCUCAGAGCCGCAGGGCCCUCAAUCAAAAGUCUGAUACUAGUAGCAGUAGUGGUGACAAAACGAGUGAUGAUGAUCAUAGACUAAGUAGAAAAAGUGGUACGAGGGACGGCAGUGCGGAUGGUGUUAGUGGGAGUUCGAGUGGUGAAGACGACGUUGAAGCCGGUAGCCGAAACGUAGUUCGCAAGAAGCGUAGCGCGAGAAAAAGUGACAUCAAACGAAGGAAAAGGUGGCUGCCAGCGGAUGAGAUGCAUGAAAGCCGAGGUGCCCCUUCGGUCCCUUUGGACCUGGAAGUUCCCUACAACGAUGAUUUCAGCCUAACACGCAACCAUAACCUCAACUUUAACUAUAAGAACCAGAUAAUCACCCGUACCAAUGGUGGCAUAAUCGGCGGAACGGGGCCAGCCGUCACCAGCAAACCCGGCGGAGGUCAAACUGUCAAUCGAAACAUCAACACCAACCUGCAGGACCGUUUCAAUCCGCCCCCGCCACCGCCGCCCCCACCGAUCAACAAUCGUAAGAAUCACUUUCUCAUCAAUACGUACAACCCGAAUGGGGAUUCCAACCAGCGAAUCUUCAAUCGAAAUCGAAACAUCAUCGGCAACGUGUACGACCAGCAGCAGAAUCAAAACGGAAGCCUUAACUCGAACUCCAACCCGAAUCACAAAACGCACGUCGAAAUUAUCACGAAAAACGGAUCCACCAAGAAGAACAUUAUCGUGAACAACUACGAUCCGGAUGUGAUCAUUACGGGGGGCAAUGGGGGCAAUAUUAAUCUGAAUGUGCGCAACGAGCUGAACGAGCAGAAGGCCGCCUUCGCCAAUUCUUUGUACGAUCGGAAGAGCACGUGUAUGUUGUAUCUGCAGGCAGAUCACACGUUUUCCCAGAAGAUGGGCUCGGACGAGGCUAGCAUCGAGGCCAUUACAAGGCACGUGCAGCGUGCCAACAUGAUCUACAGAAAGACUGAUUUCAACGGCGAUGGCAAGCCAGACAACAUCACGUUCAUGAUUAAACGCAUUAAGGUGCACAAUCAGAAUGCCCUCAAGGAUCCGUCCUACAGGUUUUCCGGACAAUAUGGAGUGGAGAAGUUCCUGGAGCUGUUUUCAGAGGAAGACUACGACGCGUUCUGCUUAGCGUACAUGUUCACGUAUCGAGAUUUCGAGAUGGGAACCCUCGGAUUGGCCUGGACCGGUGACCUCAAAAAUGCCGGUGGAGUCUGCGAAAAAAAUGGGCACUAUCGGGGUUCGUUGAAGUCCCUCAACACCGGAAUCGUAACGCUGCUCAACUACGGCAAGCAUGUUCCUCCAGCCGUUUCGCACGUGACACUUGCCCAUGAAAUUGGACACAACUUUGGCUCACCGCAUGAUCCCGAGCAGUGCACACCGGGCGGCGAAGAUGGCAACUUCAUCAUGUUUGCUCGGGCCACAUCCGGUGACAAGCGGAACAACAAUCAAUUCAGCCCGUGUUCCUUGAAAGCGAUCGAACCGGUGCUGAACGCCAAAGCUCGCAGUGCCAAGGGGUGUUUCACUGAACCCCAAGAGUCGAUUUGCGGUAAUGGUGUCGUGGAAACUGGAGAACAAUGCGACUGUGGCUGGGAAGAAGAUUGUAAGGAUUCUUGCUGUUAUCCGAUGUCCCGUCAUCCUCGAUUCGAUAAGAAACCAUGUACAUUAACCCCUCAAGCGCAGUGCAGCCCUUCGCAGGGACCUUGUUGUACGGUAGAAUGUACCCUGAAGUUAGGUGACAAGUGUCGUGACGACAACGGCUGUCGAGAUCCAGCGUUCUGUGAUGGCAAAAUGCCAGUUUGUCCUCCGUCCAUCAACAAGCCCAAUAAGACGAUCUGCAACAAAGAGUAUGUGUGCUACAUAGGAGAAUGUACUGGAUCCAUCUGCCUGGCGUAUGGUCUGGAAUCAUGUCAAUGCGUGGUCGGACCCAACGAUCCCACAAUACGGGCCUGUGAGCUGUGCUGCAAGCAACCCGGAGAAGACAAACCGUGUAUGAGCUCGUUCGAGUGGAACGAUCCGCCUUUCGAUGUUCCGGAUAUGUACGCCAAACCAGGAACUCCAUGCAACGAUUACAAUGGCUAUUGUGAUGUGUCGCAAAAAUGCCGUGAAGUUGAUCCCUCGGGGCCAUUGGCCACGCUAAGGAAACUUCUGCUGUCCGAGGAGAGUAUUGCUAGCUUCAAAAAAUGGGUCGUGUCUAAUUGGUACGCCGUAGUUCUAAUAGUGGUCAUCGUACUAGCACUACUGGUAUUGAGUGCAAAACUACUGGGCAAGAGAACAAAUCUCAAGCUGAAAACGGUCACCAUAAUACACAGUGCGACAACGGAAACUGUGCGACUGCCGGAGGACAACAAUGGAGUGAUAGUUCAUACAGCCGUUCGAACCAAAGUUCCACUGAAGAAGAAAGUUCGAGGCGAGCGAUCCAAAUCGAAGACGGGACCGAUGCCAGCAGGAGCUCAGACGCAGCAGCAUUCAGGUCAACCUCAUGCAAUACCGAAACAACUACUGGCAACGGCCAGCGGUCCAUCAGGAGGAGUAGUAACCACGACAGCAGGCCACCCGUCCUCCUCCAAGGAACGGUUCCAUCUGUCCAGAUCAUCGACGAGCAACCCGGCAACUGUAGUCAUAAAGCAGGUUAAACGCCAUGUUGGUAAAACAACCACCACUACGGCAAAUACUGACAGCCCGAAGAAGUUAAUAAAGAAAAAGAAAAAGCGAUCAAGCACCGCCAGUCCCGGAGGCGGUCCUUCCGAUGAAUCUCCCGUCAAGGAACCGACUACCAAACAGAAGAAGAAGAAAUCAAAGUCCAAACAUAAGGAAAUAAUCGACUACUCAAACAGAAGUGACGUCAACAGUCAUUCCAAUACGUUCGGAAAGGUUCAUCGCUGGUUGCUCGAAUCUCCGAUCGUAACGAAUGCGACGAACCAGUUUGAGCAUGCUUCUAAAAUAAGCAAUAUAAUAAACAAAAGCCAAUCCACACCAGAACAUCUUACAACGGCAGCGAUCGCCAAAGUGCCUUCCGCACAACCGCAUCGAUCACCCAAGAAGACGCGAGUGAAGACCAAAUCCGUUGGCAAUAUCAAUGAAAAAGUAAGACUACAAGUGGUGUACAAGCCACCAUUCAAGUUUAGCUUGAAACUAUCGAAAAAUGAUCCAUCCGUCAAAACUCACAUAGUGGCAGGUCCCAUGGGUAAACGAAAAGGAAGGAUGGUCGAUCGCAAACGAGUAGCAGCUGCCAUCCAAUCCGAAGCCCACAGGGGCAGACCAGCGAUCCUCGUACGACCAGCAGCAGUAGGUAAUGAAGAAACCAUCCCCAUCGUUAAUACCACGUCUGAACCAAACUACGAAACACUCAAUCCACGCAUCGUUCCGGAGGCUACAGCUGAACCCCAUGUGUAUGAAAAUGUGGUCUUUGGCAAUACUGGUCACGAACUGCCAAAUUCAGUGCCUCCACCCAUCAAUAGUGCAACUUUCCGUAUCAAUCGUAGUGCUAGUGGUAGUAACAUAGCCCCUAAAACAGGAGGAUCCCACUUCCGGAAUCCAUCGAUAACGUCCGUUAGUCAAGUGCGGCCAACUUCCAGCGGUCUUCGGGGAAGUACUUCGAACCUGGCCGCACCUAGCCAUAGCAAUAACAAUAGUCGUGAACGAGACAAAUAUCGUCGUUCGUAUGGAGGUGCUGUGGGAGGAACCGAAAGCACGGAGAGCUUGAUUCGCUCGAGUACGACGAAUCUGGCUAAGCCUGGCAGCAAACGUAACAGUUUUGCCGAGAAACGAAGGUCUAGUUCGACCAGUCUACAUCAGAAGCAUUCAGGAUCGACCUCAAACCUUCACUCCAUGAAGCGUCACUCGGGGUCUUCCAACCAAUAUCUCAACUAUGAUCCUAAUGAAGCAUCGAUAAGCCGACGUCAUAGUACAAGUGUCAAACCAGUAGAUAGCAGCACCAGUAGUAUGAAGAAACAGAAAAUUUCCCGAACAUCUAGCAGCACGAACCUCCCUCAAUCAUCUUCACAUGGAAACCUGGCUCAGCGGAGGAGUAGUAUAGGUCAUGGCGGCAGUAGGCCCAACCAGCAGCUCGCUCGACAAACUUCUCUGAACGUUAAAAGUCAACGGGCAACUGCAGCGUCCAGUGAUCAUCGAAGGCCUCACACCUCUGCCUGUGAUGACUCACAAAGACAAGCGCCCUUCGAGUGGCCAAUGUCAGUAGUCGGACCCAAGAAACGAGACGAAGAACCGUUACCCUCGGAUCUGGAAGUGAUGGUUUCGGAUGCCGAAUGUCUGGCGAAUGAUAGAUAACCUCGGAGCUUCGGAGCUUCCAGGCUCAGCUAUUACAACUACAACUACUAACAAUGGUGAUUCAAACGUUUCGCUCGUGUUCAUAUCGAUUAUGAUGUGGGUAAACCCCAUGCGUAGAAAUUUGUCCAUUUUCGAUAUCUCAAACCAAUUGAAACGCCUCUCACGAACAAAACCGAAUAAAAAAAACAAGAUAAAUAUUUUUACUAAGUGCCAAGCAACCACUAACGAUACUUCACAUCCAUGCACCAUACACAUCACAUUUUAAUUAAUUUUUUUUUCAAUCGCUCCUGCGUCAUUACCGAGCCAUAACAGUCUCGAUUUUGAAUUUGUUUUUAUCUAGGUGAGGCAAAUAGAAAUUCGCUGCAGCAUUUUUUACUUUUCGACUAAAAACUGAGCAGUAUUUGAACAGAGUUGUAAUCGUUUAAGAUAAAAAUUCAUGCUGGAACCAAACAAAAUCAACAAAACUUUUGUUUUAUGUAUAAGGCAUGCUCAGUAUGAUGAAAUUUGCAAACUUGUUCAAUGAAAAACUAUCUUUAAGACUUAAAAAAAGAGUUUAUAAUUUCGAGAAUCAAAAUUGGUACUCACUCACUGAUCGGUGAUUAAAUCAAUCAAUCAAUGAGAUCAAUUUUACAGUUGUGCGAUUUUUUAAGUUUUUUUCUGUUUUCCAGCCCUGGGUUUUUAUUAACAAUUUAUCAACUAUAUCCUUGAUGGAAGGUGUUGAAGAUGAGCGAAGGGUAAAUUUAAAAAUUAUCAUCACAUAUCAAAUUUUUGUCCGAUUCAAGUCAACUAUUUUAAAGAAGAACGUUCGUCAUGAUACAAUACCGACAACCACUUCAAUCUUUUGAAUUGCUUCUAGAGUAUUUGAAGCUUUUCAGGGCGAUACCAUGUCAUUUUUUUUCAUCACGAGAGUUUUUUAAAUAAAAAUUACGCUUCGUUCAUUUUAAACACCUUCCAUUGUCUUCUUUCCAUCUAAA